AUGUGAAGAAGAAAAAGUGUUUUUUCAAUGCUGAAGAAGAUAAAGAACUUGCCCAAGUAAUCGUAAAUGUGAAAUGUGAGUUGAAUGAACUUGAUGACUUAUUUGAUAAGGUGAGUACUAUUUUUAGAGCUGCAAGGUGGAAGGUACGCACUUUUCUUUAUCUGUUAAACUCUUUUCAUUUUCUCUUUGCCUACAACUUGUUGCGCUUUCACUUUUAGUGGAGUUUCUGAAUGCUGACUCUGGACUCUGGAGACAUUUGGCAUUACAUAUACAUCAUACUACUCACUUUUUUCUGUAGGUUGUAUUUAGUGAGAUUUUCGUCAAAUCUUUUAUAAAACGGCCUUCAACAUACUCCAAGAAACUUGUUGCCAAUUACCUUUUAAAGUUGGCAAAUGGUUGGAGGCCAAAAAAUAAGAAAACUGAUGUGGCUUGUGAAAGUUCUCUGAGGAUUGCAAAACAGUUCAGGGUUGAGGGUCGGUAUAUCAUUUGCACAAAUGAUAUCAAUAAAGUACCAGGGUAUGCAAUUUAAGUUUUAAAUGUCUGGGAUGUUGUACACUUGGAAGAUGUACCAGCACUCAUCAACAAACUUGACAAAAUAUACGGGGCAUUCACAGACGAUUUCCUCGCACUUUGCAAAGCAAAAUGUCUGGACGGGUAUUUGGAAGUUCCCAAACACUAUAUUUCAUGUGAUGUUGCUCAGUACAAAUGUAUUCGCAAUGCUCAGUGGAAAGGCCUUUGAUGCUGAUAAUGGUGGAAGAAGUUUUGCUGAAAAUGCCAAAGUUAAUGAAAGUUUGCUUCUAAUGAAAUUCUAUUCAUCAUCCGGUUCCGUCUUAAGUCAAUUGCUGUCUUGUUCUGAUGGUUCUGAACUAAAUGUCACAUUUGAAGUAUCAGAUCACGAGCGUGAAGUAAUUCUUAACCAGAGAAGCACCUUUAUUCUAGGACGAUCUGGUACUGGAAAACUACUGUUCUGGUGAUGAAGAUGCUUCAAAAGGAACAACACUUUAACAUGGCUUCAGAAGGACUUGUUGUAAAUGAUGCUAAACUGAGCUGUUCUCCAUAUAGUGAAUGUGGUACUAGAGCAAUUCAAUCCGAAACUUUGUUUUGUGGUCAACAAACAAAUAAAUAAUCUUAGAAGGUCGGGAACAUCUUAAUUAUUAUUUUCCUUGCAUAUACUUUGAGCUCUACUACUUCUGUUAAGUAGUCAAACUUUGUCUUGUUCAAUAUUGUUUUCUAUAAUCGUUGUUCGUUUGGUAAUAUCAAUUACUUUUUUGAGGACCUAUUGCAUCAUCAACUUUUGGUUCUCUAUAAUAAUAGUUAAUGUAUGCUCCUUUUUUAUGCUUUGAUCUUAUAUUGAUUUUUUGGUUUCAAUUGAAUAUGAUAGCCGUUUGUUCUAGUACUCGUAUUACUAAAAUAAUUACUGUAUUUCGGUACUGGUAUGUUCAUGGGGAGAACUUUGAUGAGGUGUGUAUCUCCUUUGAUGUGAAUGAUAUGGAUGAAUAUGAGAAGUUUAGGGAUGCACCAGAUUCAUUUCAAAAGAUUCCUUCACAAGCCUACCCUCUUGUGAUAACAUUCAAUAUGUUCCUGCUUAUGCUUGAUAGAACCUGUGGAUCAUCAUAUUUUGAAAGAUUUCCAAGCAUUAGGAAAAUCUUUUUCAUUGGAUCAGCAAGUUCAAGGCUGUUUGCUCCGAUGGUGAGGAAAAUUGAAGUUACCUAUGAAAAAUUUAGUACAUCUUACUGGCCCCAUUUUAACUCUCAAUACACUAGAAAGCUAGAUCCUUCGAGAGUUUUCACGGAGAUAAUUUCUUGCGUAAAAGGUACGCUACAAUAUGAGGAGUAUAAUGAUACUAAGCUUAGUUUGUCGAGUUAUCUUGAUCUAUCUAUGAGACGAGUAUCAAAUUUUAGUAAGGAUGAGAGAGUCAACAUUUAUAAGAUUUUUGAGGAUUAUGAGAAACAGAAGAUUUUACAAGGAGAAUAUGAUGUUGCCGAUCUAGUAAAUGAUUUGUUUUGCCGAUUAAAGUGUGAAAGAUAUGGGGGCAAGUUCAUGGAUUUUGUUUAUAUCGAUGAAGUCCAGGAUCUUACCAUGAAACAACUUGCUCUCUUCAAAUACAUCUGUAAGAAUGUAGAAGAAGGCUUUGUAUUUUCAGGUGACACUGCUCGGACGAUUGCAAGAGGUGUUGAUUUUAGAUUCCAGGACAUCAGACACCUUUUCUACAAAGAAUUUGUACUUGGAGUUGAAUGCAUAGCUGAAGAGUAUAAGAUUAAUAUAGGUUAAUAUCUCCAAUCUUUCAACUGAGUCAAAAUUUUCGGACUCAUGCUGGAGAUUUGAAUUUGGCUCACAGUGUUAUUGAGCUUAUUUAUCACUUUUUCCCCAAUUCUAUUGAUUAUUUGGCCCCUGAGACUAGUCUUUUAUACGGGGAACCCCCAAUUUUAUUGAAUUGCGGUACCCAGGAAGAUGUUUUCUUGAACAAUUUACAAGCUAGAGGAAGUCUGAGUGAUAUUUGUACUGGCUUUGGUUCUGAAUAAGUGAUAUUGGUAAGAGAUAAUUUUACUCGGCGUAAAAUUGCCAAGAACAUUGGAAGACAAGCCCUAGUGCUUACAAUCUUUGAGUGCAAAGGCUUGGAGUUUGAGGAUGUCCUUUUAUACAACUUUUUUGGAUCUUUGCCUUUGAAAGAACAAUGGAGGAUUAUAUAUGAAUUCAUGGAGAAAAAGCUUUGUCCGUUGAAUGCAGAAAGAUAUCCUAGUUAAUACUAGACAUGAUAUCUUGUGCUACGAGUUGAAGCUAUUGUAUGUAGCCAUAACUCGCACAAGACAAAGACUAUGGAUUUGUGAAGAUAAUAAGGGUUUUUCAUCACCUAUGGUGGACUAUUGGCAAAAGUUGAAUCUCGUUCAAGUUCAGAAUUUGGAUGAUUCAUUCCUCCAAAUUAUGCAGGUUGCAAGUAGUGUAGAAGACUGGAAAUGUCGGGGUAAAAAGAUGCUUGAGGUGCGGAACUACAAAGCGGCAACAUUGUGUUUUGAACGUGCUGGAGAUUCUUACUGGGCACAUUUUUCCAAGGCUUCGGGCUUGAAAGCAGCUGCUGUCAACCUGCAAGGUUUGAACGUGCUGGAAAAGUCUUUAGAAAAGUUCAGAGAAGCUGCUGAAAUUUUUGGUAGGAUUAAAAACUUGUAAAAAGCAGAUGAAUGUUACUUUGAUGCUAAAGAGUAUGAAACAGCAGGUGAUACUUAAGCUCUAGUCAUCAUUAUAUGGAAUUUGGUUUUUGUUUUUCUUUUCUUGUUUAAUCUGUGUCUUGACUGAUGUUUUAGGAAGGACAUACAAUGUUGAUUUUGGUUAAUAAAUAUGUGCUGUUCCAAUCAUUCUCUUGUAGAAGCAUAGAUAAAAAUCAAGGCCUUACCGUAUCGUAUCGGUCGCAUUGUAUAGAUUUUCAAAUUUAUUGACUAUUGAAACAAUACUAACCACAUCGUAAAGGUAUAAAAAACCACGUUUUAGUCUGUUUCAAUACGUAUAUAAUGUUUUAGGCUGUUUCAAGACAUAUCUUAUGUUUUAGGCCGAUGUUUGGGGUAUGAUAACCGCAUCAACCAUGUUAGGUUGCUACUGCAUGCCUUUUCAUGAGCGCAAUCAAAUUGUUACCGCAUCUUUGCUCUGUGGAAGCUCAAUUGGUUCAGUUAAUGCUUUAACUGGAUAAUGUUAGCCUAUUAUUCAGAAAUCAGGAUGUUCCUAAAUUUGUGAGGUGCUGUUGUCUUUCUAGCUGAUGCAAAAGUAUUCCCUCGUAUUGUUUAACCGUUGGGUGACUUCUAGUCUUCUAUGCCAAGUGUCCUUUUACUGCUCUACUCGUUCACACAGUCUUGCAGUCAUAUAUUCUCCUAGAUCAAACAAUAAAUGCUGGAAAUUUUAAUUUUUUUCAUAUUGCUUAUAGCUGUUUGUUUCUUUUUGUUGUCUGAAAAAUAAAAGUUUUGCUUUUGCAGGUACGAUUUAUCGUAAUGAUUCUGAUCUUCUAAAAGCUGGUCAGUGUUUCACCUUGUCUGGAUGCAAUGAACUAGCUGCUGAGUUAUAUGCUGAGCGAUACCAUUUUCAUGAAUGCUUAUAUGCUUGCUCGGAAGGUAAGUUAUUUGAACUGGGUUUGCAAUACAUACGAAGUUGGAAAAAAGACGAUCAUUUUAGGGAGCUUGUAAAAGUACCUAUAGAUCUAAAUGCUUGUGAGCAAGAAUUUCUCCUUAAAUGUGCCCAUGCUUCUCAUACGAAGGAUGACAAUGAAAAAAUGAAGUUUGUUGAAGAUUUUAGUUCUCUAGAGUCAAUGCGAGAAUUUUUGAAAAAAUCUGGUCGCUUUGAUGAACUUUUAAAGCUGGAGUUAAAUCACAAAAGUAUUCUAGAAGCUGCCAAAUGCGCUAGGCUAAUUGGGAAUAUUUUACUUGAGGCAAAUUUUAGAAAAGGCUGGUUAUUUUGAUGAAGCUUCUCAGAGCUAUUUUGCAUAUCUAUUUGCAAGUAGUCUUUGGAGUAAUGGUAGUAUGCCUUUCAAAGAUUUUCCAUCAAGAAAAGAUCUUUUUCCGAAAUUGAAAGCUCUUGCUAAUAACUGCUCACACCAUAUCUAUGAGGUUGUCUAUGAGAAGAUCCAGUUGUUUUCGUGUAAGGAGUUAAGCGUACAAGAGUUGGAAGAUCACUUGGCACUGUCACUAAAGCAUCAAAAUGUAAAGGGCCAACUUUUGUCUGCUUGUAGAAUUUUGGACGUUCUACUUUUGACUGAUGUUUCGAUGUAUAAAUUGGGAACUAAGGUAUGUAGAUCUGUGAAGAAAUUGAUUCAUCACUGGAACAUUUGGAAAAAAAUGAUUGACAGAUUUUUCAAAUAUUUUGAUUUUCACAAAGAACAAGAAAUUUGUAAAUUUCAAGAUUAUGGAUUGUUCUGCUUGGAAUACCUUGGUGUAGUAAGACGACCUUUUAGUCAUCAUGCUGAGUAUUUUUUGAUUUAUCCAGAUGCUGCGUGGGUUAAAUAUGUGCCAGGAAGAUCUGGUAAGAUGGAAUGUAUUAGUUUUAACCAACUAGUUUGUGCUGCAAGAAGCUAUUGGUCCACGGAGUUGCUUGUUGUUGGAAAGAAAUUAUUAAUGCUUCUUAGAUCUUUCCAAAAGCUAGCAGUUGAGAACUCCAAGCUUAUGUACUGCUUGAGCCGAAUUCUCAUUCAAAUUUUUGAAGCUGCACAGUUUCUUCUGAUACGUUACAAGUUUCUGAGGCUAACAAACGAUGAUUCUGAUUAUUUGAAAAGUUGCAUUGAUCUCUCAGCAGAAGAGUACUUUCUCCAUGUGUUCUCUCUAGAUUGGCGGAAGUUUUCAAGAGCCAUUGCAAAACAAAGCAUUGCUUCUAGAAAGCUGCUGAAAGAAGCGAUACUGAAGAAGUUCAUGGAAGAGGGUGCUUCUGCAUCAUUAACACAAGUAAUUCAGAUAACGGUAUUAUUUCUUGGAUCUGAUAGGGAACACAAUGAAAAAUACAAGGAAAAUAUUCUCAAGAUUGAUAUUGAAGCUCCUUGGAAUUCAUUGAUCAAAGAUUUCGUCUCAAGCACCAACUCACAAACAUCAGAUGACACUAUGCAGCUGAUAUGGUAUCUUUAUCUUGCAUUAAGUAAGGCAUACAAAUCAAAAUCAAGCAUGUUCCCUUCUUGCUUUUUAUUUCUUCUUAACCGUCUUCUUGUGCUGCUGUCUUGCUUUAAUGGAUUCCUAUAUGCAACAAGAUCAUCUGUCACUGAAUGGCUUGUGCACCUAAACUGGGAAGUAAAAAAAGAAAUGUUUUCCAGAGGUGCUGGAUUAUCAUUUUCUGUGGAGCGUAUGCGUAUCUACGACUUUAUGGCUAACACAAUACACGAGCUUCUUAUGAAGAAACAAGGAUCUGAAGAAUGGAUUAUGAAAUGGAGGUUAGAGUUGAGGAGCAAGUUCCCGUUACUGAUGCAGAAGUUUAUGGUUUUGAUGUCCUUAAUUUGUCAAAACUCGGGAAAGUAUACGAAUCUUUUCAAGGAUGUAGUAGAAAGGUCAGAUUUUGUAAUAACAUCAGACUCAUUCAUGGAUGUAUUCUUUCUAAAUGACGGAGAAAUAUGUCCAGUUCUGAUUGCUGAAGCAUUGCACAGAAUCAAGGAUCCCUUGGUGAUCGUAAACAACGUAGAAAGGUAUCCUUUUGAUCAUGCAAAACGUGCUAUUUUCCUGGAUGUUUUCAAGGGAGUAAAAGAAAAUAUUAUAAAAGAACUGUUUCGUGAAAAGAGUACUCCUAUGUAUUGAUUUUAGUUGAAUAUAUAUGAAAUCAGUUGAAUCGUUGUUUAAGACAUUUUUAAUAUU